AUGGCCGCACCACAAUCUGAGCCCGUGCAGGGUGUAGGAUCUCCCAUGCCAGGUCACACCGUGGACCCCAUCGAUGAAAAGUUCCAGAGCCAGCAUAUGGAGUAUGAGAAAGUCGAGGUCAAAGGUGAUUACUCUGGGGCCGUGGCCAAGACGAGCCCCGAGGAGAAGAAGCUCGUGAGGAAGCUGGACAUCUGGAUUAUGCCCAUGCUUUGGUUGAUGUACUGGCUCAACUACCUAGACCGCAACGCCAUUACCCUCGCACGCCUCAAUGGUUUCCAAGACGACCUUGGACUCACCAGCAACCAAUACAGCACUGCUAUCUCUAUUCUUUUCGUCGGGUACAUCCUAGGGCAAAUACCGAGCAACAUGAUUAUUACACGCGUCAAACCUUCGUGGUACAUGGGAAUCUGUAUGAUGGGCUGGGCGGUUGUAAGCGGGCUUACCGCUAUCGUUCACAACUACACAGGCAUCGUACUUGUACGUUUCUUUCUGGGUGUGGUCGAGGCACCAUACUACCCAGGAGCGCUCUAUCUCUUAAGCAUCUUCUACACGAGAAAGGAGAUUGCGACGCGCAUCAGCAUUCUCUACUCUGGCAACAUUCUCGCGUCGUCGUUCGCUGGACUCAUUGCGCUUGGCGUCUUCAAGCUCGAUGGUGUCCGUGGUAUCAGCGGAUGGCGUUGGUUGUUCAUCAUACAGGGCGUCGUCACCUUUAUCAUCGCCGUAGUCGCCUGCUUUACCCUCCCUGACGAGCCUUUAACUACAUGGUGGCUCAACCCCGAAGAACGCCAACUUGCGCACGCCCGGGUUGCGCGAGAUACAGUCGGCCACUCCGCCGACGUUUCCAUGCUCGCAGGCCUAAAAGAAGCUAUCCGAGACCCUAAAAACUUCAUGCCGACGAUCGUCAACACACUAGGCUUCUCUCAGGAAGUCACACUUGUAUUGACGUGCCCACCUUACUUGAUUGCGGGCGCAUUCUCCGUCGCAUGGGCCAUAUCAUCCGGCCAUUUCAACGAACGCACCUGGCAUAUCACCAUUGCCAAAGGCGUGGCUGUCUUUGGCUUCGUGCUCGGCUGCGCGACUAUGAACGUAGGCGCGAGGUACUUCGCCAUGUGCGUCUUUACCAUCGGCACGUAUGGCGUCAACAGCAUCAUCCUCGGAUGGGUGUCCUCAACCUGUGGACAAACGAGGGAGAAGAAAUCUGCGGCGCUGGCUAUUGCCAACGUCGCAGCUACACUCAGCUUGAUCUGGACUCCCUACAUCUGGCCAGAGUGGUCAGAGCCGCGGUUCGUCUUGCCCUUGGCUAUGAGUGCUGGUAUGGCACUCAUGUGUGCGGCUGGCGCAUGGUUCAUGCGCUGGUGGUUGGUGCGGGAGAACAGGAGGAUUAAGAGCUCGAACUCUGAGACUACGAUGUUCUACGCCUAUUGA